AUAACCCCAAAAACAACAUGUUUUAUUUUGGCGUAAAAGUGCUCGUAUUGUUCAUAAGCUUGUUUAUAAGCUGUUAUGCAGAUGAUAGGAAAAAUAUUGUGUUUAUACUGACAGAUGAUCAAGAUUUGGAAUUGCAUGGGCUGAUGCCUAUGACGAAAACUUUGUCAUUAAUAGCAAACAAGGGCAUCACAUUUGAAAAUGCAUUCGUUACCACUCCAAUCUGUUGCCCAAGUCGUAGUUCCAUAUUGACAGGACUUUAUGCCCAUAAUCAUAAAGCAUUUAAUAAUAGUGAAGAAGGCGGAUGUGCAGGUGAAACGUGGAGAAAUCUAGAAAAUCAAACAUUUGGAGCCUAUCUUCACGGUAAUAAUUAUAAAACGUUUUAUGCUGGUAAAUAUCUAAAUCAGUAUAAAGCUAACUAUGUACCUAAAGGUUGGGACUGGUGGAUCGGUUUAAAAGAAAAUUCAAGAUAUUAUGAUUACGAUUUAUCCAUCAAUGGCUCAGUCAAGCAUUUCAAUGAUGAAUAUCUACCUGAUCUUAUGAAGGAACAUGCUUUAAAUUUCCUUGACACAAUUGGUGAUACACAACCUUUUUUAAUGGUUUUGUCAACUCCUUCUCCUCAUAGCCCUUCUACUCCAGCUCUAAGACAUAUUGGGAAAUAUAAAAAUGUUACUGCUCCUAGAACUGAGAAUUUUAACAAACAUUUUGAAGAUAAGCAUUGGCUUCUGAAUAUGCCUCCAAAAGUUUUAUCUCAAACUGCUGUUGAUGAAUUAGACAGAAUUUAUAGAACACGAUGGGAAUGCCUAUUGGCCGUUGAUGAUAUGGUUGAAGCAAUAAUUCAAACUUUAGAUAAUUUGAAAAUUUUAGACAACACAUAUAUUAUUUAUACUUCUGACAACGGGUACCAUAUAGGUCAAUUUGCUCAAGCUUAUGACAAAAGGCAACCUUAUGAAACUGAUAUCAAAGUACCUCUUUUAAUAAGAGGUCCGGGGGUGCCAAAAAAGAAAUUAAUAUCGAAUCCUGUGGCUAACAUAGAUUUAGCUCCGACACUACUAGAUUUGGCAGGAUUGAAUGUGCCUGAUCAUAUGGAUGGCAAAUCAUUUUCAGCUGCUUUUCUAAAGGAGUCCGAUAAUAUGAAUAAAAAAGGCUUUCAAGAACGACAAAUUUUGUUUGAAUAUUGGGGUGAAGAAAAUCCGCAUACGAUAUCUGAAAAAUGUUCACAGUGGCAUGGAGAUAAACAUUUAGCAAGAUGUGACCCAAUUGUUGAUUGCCGAUGCCAAGAUGUUGGCAAUAACACUUAUACUUGUAUACGACACAUGGCCAGUGAUAUGAAUUUCAUGUUUUGUCGUUUUCGAGAUAAUGAUUACUUCGAAGAAGCCUACAACUUAGUAAAAGACCCACUUGAAUUGAAAAACAUAGCAUAUGAAAUACUACCUGAUAUUCGUGUUAAAUACACAAAUGUGAUUGAUCAUAUGAAACACUGUGUUGGAGAACAGUGCCAUAAAAUAUACUGAAAAUAACUUCACUAAAUCAAUCCUUUAUUGGUGUUGCUGUUCAAUACAUCUUGAUAUUAUUUUGUAAAAUUAUAUUAUUAUAAUGAACAAAAUGUAC